AUGGACACAUCGAUUCCGCUCCUUGACCAGUUACAUAAACUCCUCGACCACCUUGACAAGAACCCGGCCUCCAACCUAAAACUCAAACGCUCGCAGCCUUCCGCCAAAAACUCCCAAUCACACUUCCUACCUUUUGCCACAAUGAACCCCUCAGACAACACCCGAAUCAACGACAGAAAUAGUGACAACGACAACAAGAGCUCCAGCAGCAACGCCUCUAUCCCCAGAUACGGAGGCUACAAACACUCUUCUUCCGUCUACGAAGACUUUGAAAUGUGGAAUUCUGUUUGUGAAGAUGCCGAUGCAGGUUGGCCGUGGAAAGAGUCUCGGAGGCUGGAAGAGAAAGAACAGAAACAGCCAAAGCAAGGAACAAAGGAGACAGGACAGAAAGAGAAGGAGGGAGAAGAAAAGGAGGAAAUCGCAGAAGCGACAAGAAUACAAACUCCAGCAACCGCUCUUACCAUCUCAAGACUUGGUUCAUCCUUUGUCUAUCAACAGAGUAUCCACGCCGCAAGAUCUCAAAGCCAAUCUCUGGCCAACACUCUACACGAUGUCGAAGAAUUCGAUGCGAAACUCGGCGACGAUCAAAGCAGGCCCAAUCUCAAGCACGACAUCCAAUCUCGUCAAGAUCUAGCUCUUGAGUUGGAACAACUCCACAUUGUUCUCGUCGAAUUGCUCAAUAUUCUGCAGUCUGAGGAUGUCAAUGAGCAGUCUCAACCAGUUCGUGGAAUUGGAAGAUGUGUCUUGAUGUGA